UAUUGCUAUGUAGUUAUGCCUACAGUUGACUUGGAUUUUCAUAUUUGCAAUAUUUCUUUAGCUUCGAUCCCUGGGGUGAGUAGAAUUCAACCCAUUUCCUCUUAUGUUGUUCAAGUUGUAGGAAAAUAUACUCUCUUUUUCUUGUUCUGGAACAUGGAUAAAAGAUAUAGAGCCAGUUUGUUUGGACUUGCUGUGUUGUUUGCUUUAUCCUCAACUGUAAUUCCUGCAUCCAAUGGUGAAUUUUUACGAAUUGGACUGAAGAAGAGGAAAUUAAAUCAGAUUAACCGGUUUUCCGAAGGCCCUGACUCAAAGCAGGGUGGUUUUGUACGAAAUUAUAAUCUUCGUGGUUAUGUUGGAGACUCAGAUACUGAUAUCAUUUCUCUAAAGAACUAUUUGGAUGCUCAAUAUUUUGGUGAGAUUGGUAUUGGAACACCGCCCCAGAAAUUUACUGUGAUUUUUGACACAGGAAGUUCUAAUCUUUGGGUGCCCUCGGCAAAAUGCUAUUUUUCUGUUGCGUGUUUCUUCCAUUCAAAGUACAAAUCAAGCCAUUCAAGUACAUACAAAAAGAAUGGAAAAUCUGCUGCAAUUCAUUAUGGAACCGGAUCUAUCUCUGGGUUUUUCAGCCAAGACUAUGUUAAACUUGGUGAUCUUGUUGUGAAGGAUCAGGAUUUCAUUGAGGCGACAAAAGAGCCAGGCAUCACCUUCUUGGCAGCAAAGUUUGAUGGCAUUCUUGGACUUGGAUUUCAGGAGAUAUCUGUUGGGAAUGCUGUUCCUGUCUGGUACAAUAUGGUAAAACAAGGUCUAGUGAAAGACCAAGUUUUUUCAUUUUGGUUUAACCGCAAGGCUAAUGACGAAGAUGGGGGUGAACUUGUUUUCGGUGGUAUUGAUUCUAAUCAUUUCAGGGGCGAACACACAUAUGUCCCCGUGACUCGGAAGGGCUAUUGGCAGUUUGAUAUGGGUGACAUACUAGUUGGCAACGAGACAACUGGUUUUUGUUCUGGUGGUUGUUCAGCAAUUGCGGACUCUGGAACCUCAUUGUUGGCAGGACCAACGACUAUUAUUGCUCAAAUCAAUCAUGCCAUUGGAGCUUCAGGGGUCGUAAGCCAGGAAUGCAAGUCUGUUGUUGCCCAGUAUGGGAAAACCAUACUCGAAAUGUUGUUAUCAGAGGCAGCAUCCCAAAAAAUUUGUUCCAGAAUUGGGUUAUGUUCUUCUGAUGGUACUCACGAUAUUAGCUUGCUUAUUGAGAGCGUGGUGGACAAGAACAACAAAAAGGUUCAUCGUAUGCACGAUGAGAUGUGUACUGCUUGUGAGAUGGCAGUUGUAUGGAUGCAAAAUCAACUCAGACGGAACCAAACUGAAGAAAAAAUUAUGGACUAUAUCAAUGAGCUCUGUGAUCGACUGCCCAGUCCGAUGGGAGAAUCAGCUGUCGACUGCAAUAGCCUUUCUUCCAUGCCCAAUGUUACCUUUACCAUAGGUGGUAAAUUGUUUGAUCUCGUCCCAGAGCAGUAUGUCCUUAAGGUUGGUGAAGGUGAUGUAGCUCAGUGCAUUAGUGGAUUUACAGCCUUAGAUGUGGCCCCUCCUCGCGGUCCUUUGUGGAUUUUGGGCGACGUUUUCAUGGGUCAGUAUCACACUGUAUUCGACUAUGCGAAUAUGAGGGUUGGAUUUGCUGAAGCUGCUUAAGUUUAUCCUUCUAUUGUUUGUCUAAUAUCUUCAGCCCCUAAACAGAAACACAAAAUAAAAGGGAAAAAAAAGAAAGUCUCUCUUGAUCAAGUACUAAUAUGUGUAUUUGAAGUAUUAUGUAAUACGAUUGAUGUGCAGUGCCGAUAACUUGGUUCCUAAUCCAUCAUGCAAAUGGUUAUUUCAUCUGAUUUAUGGACUGCUUAAAAAAGUUUACUUAUAGGCGAUAAGAAUAUUUGAAUAGAUUAGUUUGAAAUUCAA